AUGCUAGCAGUUCCUGACGACAUCGGCGAAAUGAGGUGAGCUUCGUUGAAAAAUCGCUAUGGACGCUGUUAUAAUGGCAUACAUCGUAAAGCAUAAAGCUUACGUGUUACAUAGAUUUUCCGUUCCUUGAUUUUAACUAGUAUCCAGAUGUACUCCGUUUAAUAUUCUUCAUCUCUAGAAUUAUCAUGAAAAUGAUCUGGAGAAUGAAUGGUAACAUUGGGUCAUUUAUCGACGAUGAAACCUUUAUUGGUUUUCGUUUGGUCUCAUCGUGUUUUUAUUUCUGUGAGAGACCUUUCUUUUAUACAUUAGAAAUUUUUCAGUAAGACUUACCUUAACCUGACAAAACAGUUUAUCACACGUCACUUAAAUAUUUUUCACGCUGUCAGAAUCUCUCAAUGAUCGUGAUAAAUGGAAAUGGGGAGUAAAUACUUUCAUAGCAUAAUAUAUAAACUUCAUUCUUCCAGUUCAAGGAAGUGUUGAGGCAACUCAAAGGUGAUUAAGCCUUUUUUCUUCUCAAUUUUGUUUCGUGGAAUAAUUCAAUGCCUUGCACCCUCUAAACAUACAUAUAUGCCUUCAAACAUUAAUUUACAAGACCAGUACCGGGCCUGCGAAUGAGACACAAUUAGCCCACUACUGGUUGGGUGAAAAUUUAUUUUGAUAAAUAAUUUUAUUCUCACCUAGUGGAAAAUUAUGGUACACUCUGUCUGAUCCUAUUUUUCUGUUUACAGACUCUGGGGGACACCCCCUCCAUUUAGCAGAGAUUCCUUCUUUGAUGACUUUUCUCCAUCUUUUUUUGAGGCUGAUGUAGCUGCCGAAGUUGAGUGGUUAGUAUUCACAACAUAUUUUUAGAGAUCUUUAGAUUCUCAGACAAGGAUAACUAUGAGGAAAAGAUUUUGACAAUACUCAUCAUCAUGUGCACGAAUCAGCUUCAUUUUAGUGGGAAAAUGUAAAAGGCAUCAUCAUUCUACUGCAAGAAUGUCCUAGUUAUUGAAUAUUAGAAGCUUUAUCAUUUUUGUAAUCGGGAGAGGGCUACACCUCCUUCAAUUACAACAACUGUGCUCGCUUUUCUGGUGGAAAAAAGUACAGUGAACCUUUCGUUUACUGUAUAUUUUUGGAGAAAACAUGACCAAACUUUAAAAGUCAAGUCUUGCCUUCAUAGUCAUCCUUGUUUUCGAAUCUUAAAGGCCUCUAUUACUUAAAAUAGUUUAGUUCGCUGCUGGCAACCACCGAUUUGAGUUCCUAAAUUAAAAACUAGUCCAUAUACCAGAAGAUUAUGAUUUUCCUUUUUUUUUUAUUGAGUCAAGACUGAUGAAUGAACUGAUAUGCAGAGAAAUGUUAAAAAGACAGGUUUAUCACUGUGUGAACAAAGUAGAGUUUGGCAAAAACAUUUAAAAGGCACGGCAAAUUCAUAUUUUCAGCAGCAGCUUUGAUCUUCAGCAAGUGAGUAAUGCUGGCUUGGAUAUAGCAUUCCAUCAGUAUCUUCCAGGACUCAAUGAGCAUGCUGCAGAUACUCUGUAUGCACACAGUGUCCCUUGUUGCUUCUUACCAUGAGGCAAGACCACUAUGUUUUGAAUAAAAUUGUUAACCUAUGAGCAAGCUCUCUGGGGUGCUUUUGGUGGUGGGUGGAAAAAGGAAGGAGAGCUUGCAACCACGUCUGUGGAAUUUGAAUAUCUCAUCGAAAAAGUCGAUGCGAAAUGCUGAUUGGUGGAGAUGACAUCAGUAAUGACGUCAUUACCCUUGGCUUGUGUUUUUCAAUGUUUGUUUACUUUAGUGCUUGUUUCCACUUCGCACUGAUUGGCGAAAAUCAGAGAGCCAGUCGACUGGGAGCUGCAGGGGAAUUGGAAGUGGAAGUUAAAUUCCAGAGAUGUAGUUGCAAGCUCUACUUCCUUUUUCCACCUUGCCAUCAGAGUGACCUGGAGAGCUUGCUCACAGGCUAUGAAGUUGCUGGUCCCUGUUCCCUGUGGCACAUUCCUAAGCCAAUGAUUAUAUGAUUUAGUUUUGUUAAGCAUGUUUUUUAAUUUUAUUUUUGGAAUUUUCUUCGAACUUUUUGCUGUUUGUUGUUCUGUAGUGGCCAAGAAGUAGACUGUAAGGAUGACGGAAACUACUGGUACAGAGAAUCAACUUCUGCUGCAUCAUCUGUUAAUGCUUCAGAAUAUAAUUCUGAUGAUGGAUUUAUUGACAUUGAAGAUGAAGGCUUCGAAACUUCACAUUUUCCCGUAAGCCAAGCAGUAUUUUGACCUUGUAUGUGUAAACUGUUUUAUAAAAAACAUCAAAUGGAUGAAAACAUGACUUUUUUUGUCUCACUCAAAGUUCAUUGAUUUAGAUGGUUCACUUCAUAAUUAACAAUAAUAUUAUUUACUUUAUUUCAUAAUAAUUAAUGAUUGCCUAACAUUUGUUUUCAACUUUGAUUGAGUAGUAGUUUAAAUAAUUAUUAAGAUUAAAGUAACAUGUCACAUCCCUUUACCCAUUUUUAUCAUGACAAGUUACAGUGUAGCAGUUCUACAGUACGUUUUUGAUAAAGUUCUUUGUUUAUCUUGUUUUCCAGGGUUCAUAUUUAAACAUUGCCGAACUGGAGAGAAAAUGCAGAGGUAUAAAACAUAUGGUUGAGUAUUCUUAUAUCUUGAUCUAAUAGCAAAUACCUAAAAUCAAUUUGAUUGAACAAUUAAGCUUGUCACAGUAAAGACCAUUCAAACAUCGGUAUGUUUUUUACUAAGUUUGAGCUUUUUUGCCUUAAGGCCAGCACUUUUGAAAAUCUACAAUUCUAGAGAGCUUUGUAGGAUUGUAGGGAAAACCAUCCCUCCAAUUAACACUAAACACUUUUCAUUCCUUUUUUCCAAUAAAACUCAAAUUAUUAUUUUGACAGUCUAAAAAUCUAACACAUAUUUAAGAUUAUUGGAACUAAGCAACCAACUUAAGCAGCUGCAGAAAGAACACGUGAAUGGAACUCAAUCCAUUUUUGAGGCCCAUAUAGCAGUCUUUCAAGUGCAGGGGCUCCUGGUUUGAAGUGUGUAAGGAAGAAAAUGAGAGGGAGGGGUUGAUGCAAGCGGUCUCUAUGUCCUUUUUAAUGGAUCUUCAUUGAGGGACAAAAGUGUUGACACACUGCUAUAAAGUAGCCCUUUUUUGUAUAGUGGUUCUAUCUAUCCCCUCCCCCUGUGUACCGCACCUCCUGGCCCCAAAAUCGAUGUUGUGUUUUAGACCCUCAAGUCUCACUUUCAUUACAUACAAUAUUGAUUCGGGGGUAGGUGAAUUUAGGGCAUUUAAACGGACUGAAAUAAAAAAUGAAUGAAAUUGUUGCAUUGUAGAAUUGGUGCAUUGUAGACAAGUGUGUCAACUACUUUUGUCCCUAUUUUAUCUCUAUCUACUAUUGUUAAUGAGCCCGCAACAUCCUACUCUACAGUUAAGCACUCUAUUGACUGAGCUUGUCCUGCCUCAGUCUAAACAUCUGGUUUAAUAUGGUGUGGGAUAAAAGGACUUCUCACACUUGAUUGGUGCCAGUUUUAGCAACCCAAAAAUGGAUUGCUACUCUUAGACCAAUCAAAGUAGCUCCUAAGAACCCUUGGGGAUAAAGUUGUCUCUCACAAGUAAGGGCAUUGGAAUGAACAUUGGGUUGAUUCGAAAAGUGUUAUAUGAUUCUCUCGAGGCCAGAGGAUAUUCUGAUUAUCUCAGGGAAACAAUCCAAGCAUGUACAGCUGUAUCUGUGUUAUCUGUCACGGAUAGAUUUUUUUGUGUCUGCUUCAACCUGAGCUGGGAAAACUCUGACUUUUGAGCUGGCUCCAUUAUGCUUUUGAUCGUUUUAAUAUUAGGCGAGGACUGCAAUGCCAUAGCCUGCGAAAACAGCUGUUUCUCCCCGCUCCUCACCACUUAAAAUGUUCGCCAGGAGCUACAUCCCUUGUGGCAAGGAGCAAGGAGAAAUGGGAAAACCCCCCUAGCCCCUCCUCCACAUAGCUCCUGCUUUUUCUUCUGGAGUUCAAAUAAAAAUGAAAUUUCCUACUUCCACUUUCAUUAACUGAAUUAUGGUAAACAAAUUUAAUAUGCCAGGUGUGAAUCAUGCAUUAUUUUUUUAACCUGUUUCAAUGUGUUUUUUUUUUAUCCAUAGAAUUAAGUGCUAUUGAUAGCAGCAACCUCAACUGGCGAAAAUGUUCAAGAAAAAGUGGGGAGAAGAAAGGAAAUAAUUGCAGUAAAAGGUCUUCAAGUUCAUUAGUGGAUGAUAUAUUAAGAAGGAACAAAUUCAAGAAUAGCAAGAACUCAAGUUCAAAGUUAAAAAAUGAAUUUACCUGUCCCUGUCAAAAGUUACAAAACUCAAUGGACUUUGGUGUAAGUUGGUAAGUGUGUGUCACAUGAAAAAAAAACUGGAUUCCUUUGUGUCCUCUGAUUGGCUUGAGAGUGGCUGUGUGAUAAUAUACAGUUCCACAAUUUAAUUAGAGGUAAAUGAAUGGAUGUUAAAUCCCAAGCAAGUUUCUUUUUCCAUAAGCUUGCUUGCUAUGAGCUUUGUCCAACAUUAUAUAACAGUACAAGGUCAAAGAGGAAAGAAAUUACUCCACCCUACAAAAUGUUAAGUAGCAUUAGGUAGUCACCUUAAUUUCAUGCACAAUAGUCUCAUCUACUGCAAUUAAUUAUUUUUUUCUAUAUUUUAUUUUAUUUUAUUUUACUACUGAAUUUUUAUAGUAGUUUAGUUCUCUUUUGGUAUAUGCAGUUACUGUUGUGUAUAUUGUAGUUCAAUAAAUAUUUUAUCUUUGGUUGAAACUUCAUUUACCUGUGUUUCAAGUAACUUACUAUUUACAAGCUUGGCCAAAGAUUAUGACUGAGAACAAAUCCAACAAGUGGCCAGAACGGGACUCAAACCCAGGACUGCUGGAUUGCAAGUUGGACGUGCUGACCACUCGGCCACUCUGCCUCCUUGUAAACCAAGGGUAUACAUGAGUCAGAUGCUGAACACAGCCCCUCUGGCAUUAAUGUUAGUCGUAAAUUUCUUGUAUGUUGUUGUGACAGUAUAAAUUAUUUUGAAAAUGAAUUUAAAACCAUUCUUUAUAGGAAUAAAAUGACGUCAGAUGACCAAGCUGAGGCAGUUGAAUUGCUAACAAGAGUUGCUUCAGUGACAAUGGGACUUAGAGAACAAAUGGACAUCAUUAGAAUUAUAAACCCUGAGGCAACAGUUCUACCAACAGACACAGAAUUUGAAAUAGGUACAUGUAUUGUUAAUUUUUUAAAGUAAUGAUGAUUUUAUUAUCUUUAUCAUACUUGCUUGCUUAUCAUACUUGCUUGCUUUGCUUAUUAUUAUUAUUAUUAUUAUUAUUAUUAUCCUAACAUGAGAGGCUUAUCAUGUGGUAGUCCCUACCACUGGGGUUGAAUCCUAGGAGUUGUGGGUAGGGGAGGGGGGGCUACUCCAUUAUAUAAGCUGUAUAGGUAUGUGCUGUAUGAAAGGGUAUGGUUUUUGUGUUUUUUUUUAUCUGGAAACUGGUAUAGACUUUUCCCAUUUUUGUCUGUAAUUGGGUAUGGUUUUUGAGGGAACUACUAAUUCAGUUCCUAAUGAAUAAGAAGUGAAAGAGAAUUUGUUGCGAAUUUGUUGUGGAAUUUAAGAAAUCUUUUCCUUGUUGUUCCAAUCUAAGUAAUGAUGACAUAAUUUCUGUCUAUGUAAACAUGUAUUCUGCAUUUUUUUACUUCUUCCGGUUAUCAUUUGGACAACUGGGUGGCACACCCCCACCAAGAAUUCUUUGGAGUACCCCGGGGGGGAAGGGGGGGGUUGAAUUUUUGUUAGCUGAUUUUAACCAACUCAGGGGGACACUCUUGUGGCAGCUUUCUAUCUCUUGCCUUGGCCAAACCACGGGUAAAUGGUAAACAAAACUCAUUUGCAUCAAAUAAUAGUGCCUUUUAAUAAAAAAUAGCUGUGAAAGCCUGAAACUGGUAUCAAAGAAAGAUUGAAGAAAUGGAACAUUGGUUUCUAUUUAUUUAAAUCAUUGACUAAUCAGAAAAACAGGACUAUACCUUUUCAGACAAUCUGUUGCUCUGGGAAAUUUUUCACUGAAAUGACCUUUGAAGUACGUAGUGUUCCAGUUACAAAUGUGAAGUUUCUGACAGAAUUUCCAGAAACAUUUUGUAACGGUAAACCUAGCUUACCUUUAAAUCCUGGUCACCAGGGAUUAAUUUUUAAAGCUGUCUGGAUUCCAACAUUUUUUCUUAAAGCACAACCUUAUAGUUGUAAUACUCAAAGUGUGGUCGGCUAAGGUUCCUUUCUCACACAACUUGCCCUUCACAUUCACACUUCAAAACAUGCCUCAGUGACCCAAAUACGGUAAAAACCCACAUAUAAGAACCUGUUGGGUUAAGAUUGUCCAUUUAGACCUCUUUUACAUUAGAACCUAUUUUAGCCUACAAUUUUGAAACAGGAUUUUAUUUUGAGAAAUUCAGUCAAACACUGCGUGAAUACACAAGUACCAUAUGUUUGUCCUAUCUGUAACACUGAGUACCAUGUUUUAAUGUCUCUGCUUAACUUCUCUGCUUCUGCUUAACUUGCAUGGCUUUGUAUAAACUUCAUAAAUGGCUCUAACAAGCUUGGGUUAAAGGGAUUUUUACAAUAUAUUAUGCAUGAAAUCGGGCCAAAAUCGCCCACACAUAACAAUGGCAAACACCUUAUUUAUUUUUAAGAAUAGGAACCUGUUUAAGAACCUGAGCAGCCUAAUUUUCCAGUUAGCACCAUUUUUGUACAAUACAAUACAAUAUUCUUUAUUUAGUGAAGGUGACGUAAUAACCCAAUGAGUAAGAACCUUCUUGGCAUAACUUGGAAAAACUUGGGUUCUUAUAUGCGGGUUUUUACUUGUAACGCCUGCUGUGCAUGAGGCUAAACCAGACCGGGCUUGAAGCUCAUCCAGAGGAAGAUUUUGUUCAUUUGUGCAUCAUUGUGUGGUUACGAAAACCUACUGCUUGAAGAAAUGCUAGCAAAUUACAGAAAUGUUUUUGAAGGUAUCAACAUUUUCCCUAAUCUUGUCAAUACUUUUUUUUUAUUUUUCAGACUUAGAUGCGUUUGAUGAUGCAAAAUUCAGUAGAUUACGUGACUAUAUUUCAGAGCAUCUUUCCAGAGAUUCUUGUCUUCUUUGCUUAGGUAAUCUAAUUUGCACAGAGCACAUUAUGGCUUCAAAUUUGCUUUUUUUUUUCUGAAUUAUUGUAGAACUUGUAAAAUGAACAUGAACACAGUGUCCCUUGAGGUGUUGAUGGUUUUGUAAACUAAUUAAAAAUUAUAUGAUGGCAGUUUUUUUUAUUCAUUUCUUUCAGAUUCACAAUCAGAAACGUGUAGACAGAAUUCCAGUUUUUCUCAUAGAAAACAUUCCAAGGUAAGAGAGAGAUAGGUACUCCUUCUGUAGUCAUAAAUGAUGUUAACUGUACACAAACUUAUUUUAGCAAUGUCAUUGCAAACCUCAUGGAGAGAGUUUGAAAGAAAAUUGAAUACAGCAAGAUAACAACCUCAAAAUAACGAAGGGGCAAUUAGGGAAUGGCAAAAUUUGUUUACUAUAACAAGGUUUUGUUAUGAGGUUUCACCGUAUUAAUAUUGAUAAUAGUAGUAAUAAUCUUAUCAACAAUAUUUAAUUAUGGAGGGCAGGAUUGUAACUUUGGAAAAGCUUAGCAUGCUUUUUUAUUAGUCAAGCUGGCUCUUUUGGUUACAGUGUAACUGCACCUUAACAAUUACCCCAUGUCUUCUUUUUAGAAUAGUGUGAUUUGGUAAACUCUCUUUGAGUUAGUGAAAUUUUCCGGCAGCCACCUCUUAGCGAAAUCUAUGGGUGCAAGUUGUUGAUGACACUCUUUUCACCCCCUCCCUUACCUCCUGCAGCUUCCCAUUAUCUUAGCUUCCCACUUCCCUUUUCCACUGAACCUGUUUUCAGCAGUGAGUGAUGCUAAUGUACACUCGUGUGCUGCUACAGGUACCUUAAAAUUCAGAAAAUAAGCCCCUCCAAAUAUGAGCCCCCCAUACUCGUAAUGCAAAAAACCCUCCGUUAAAUUGCCCCUCCAAAUAUAAGCCCCCCGGGAGCUUGUACUUGGAAAUUGCCCUCAAAUACAAAGUACAACAAAGCAAAAACGGUACAUUUCCUUCCAACUAUAAGGCUAGCCCAAUCGAUUUUGAAAUGCAAAUGUCCCUCCAUAGAUAAGCCCCUCCAAAAUUAAUAUAAGCCCCUCAAACAGGGCCUUUGAAAAAUAUAGGCCCUGGGACUUAUUUUCGGAAUUUUAUGGUAUGUUACCAACUGUGAGUUUUUUACUGACAGAGGAAACCAAGGGGAACUCUAAGCAUGAAAAGAAUUUCAAGAAAAUCAUCAAAACAUAAAAGCUUACUUAAGCGGGUCCAUCGGCAAAUGAUGAAAGAACAAAGAAGUGGCCUAUUUGAGAAUGAAGAGGUAAGACAAUGACAUCAUCCAUUGAAAAAUAAUCAUCUGGUCAGCAGAAAAGCUAUUUCUCUUAAGAUACCCCAUCAUGAGUGUUGUAUUUCUGGAACCAUUAAAAAUAACUUCACUUCACUCUCAAAACUGAUUCAAUUUUUAAAUUCUUUUUUCAGGUAAUUUCACUGAGCUCAAGAAAUGAGGAGGAAUCCAAUGACUUGGAAGUUGACAUUCUCUGUUAAUGUCUCCUUUUUAAUCUGAAAAAUCAAAUUAACUCGAGUUUUAGAUUAAAUGUAUUUGUUCUAUGAGCAGUACCCUUUUUUCCAUUUUUGGGCCUUGCAGCUGAUGUGUCACGUGACACAUUUAUACCCCACACUUUUUCCGAGUGUGCGAAGAAAUACCUUCCCAUACAGUUGUUCUUGGGUUACACAUUCCUUCGCAGGCUUAAGUGGAACUGUUGCAUGAGGUAUUGAUGCCUUUUGCUUGGAAUUGCUUACCCUGGGAACCAGAGGUCACUGUAGACUUGACCAAAUCCGGAAACCGCGUAUGAAAAGCCUCUGCCACCCAGGAUAGAAUUUUUAGUGAAAAGCAUGAAAAAUUACAUAACUGCAAGUUUUAUUGAAGUUAUAUUCGACCAUAGUCCAUUUCUACUCCGUUGGACGAAAAAUCUUUCUUCUUAUUUGGGCAGCUACUACAAAAAUGAUAUUCGCUAUACAACUCGAGUCGUAAGCGAUGAAAUGAAGACGAUGGUAAUGAUGAUGAUAGCCCACAUGAUCCUUUUUACUCUAGAUGUUCUCUUUUCGCUCCCAACAUUGAUGCCAUUUCCCCACCGCCGAGGAGCUUGGAGAGACGACUGUUCUUACAGGCUACAAGAUUGAAUUAUUUCUCCAGCAAGUUACAUUUUGUACAGAAACUGAAACUUCCUUAUGCACUUCAUCUAUACCUUUCAUAGGCAUAAUGCGACGUUUUAUGGAGGUGUACACAAGACGUCCAAUUCUUCUUUCUCUUUCUGAACUUAAUUUGGUCGUGGUAGUUUAAUUCCAGGAGAAAUCGGCUUCAUUUCAAAUAGCCCAUUCCGAGUUCCACAAAUUAUCACUUUCAAACCGAGGCGAAGUGCAAAACCUUUGUCGUGAAAAUGAGUUUAUUUGCAUGAGAAUUAAAAAAUUAUUUUCAUAUCAAUAGCU